UGAUCUCAGAGCAGUCGUGGGAAAUGAAGUGAUGACACAGCAGAAGCAUCGGCGAUGUGCAGGAUAAAAGGCUGAGACGCAGCAGAGGCAGCUGAUCCUGGAUCAGGCCACACCUUGUCUUCAUCGUCAUCACCAUGAAGCUGCUCGCCGUGCCUCUCGCGCUCUGCAGCCUCCUGACCCUGAGCCACGCCGGCCCGCUCAACUACACCUCCUCCAGACACGUGGGCCACUGCGAGUACAAGAGGCAGCACAGCCCCACCGUCAUCGGCGGGUUUGUCCCGCAGUGUGACGCCGACGGGAACUUCCUCCCGCAGCAGUGCUGGCCGUCAACCGGGUACUGCUGGUGUGUCGACGUCAUCACUGGAGAGGAGAUACCCAACACGAAGACGCCGCCGGGGACCCCACCCGUCAUCUGUGACAGCCAUUACCAUUACUGCCCAUACGGCUGGUCCCGCUACGGCGAGCACUGCUUCAUGUUCAUCGACAGCGAGAAGACGUGGAUCGAAGCCGAGGGUUACUGUCUGUUUGAAGGGGGGAACCUGGCGUCGAUCCACAGUCAGGAGGAGAAUCACUUCAUCCAGGCUUUGACCAGGGGAGACACACACGACUUCCCUGAAACCUGGAUCGGUGGCCACGAUGCCAUACAUCAAUGCUUUUGGAUGUGGACUGACGGCUCCAAGUUUGACUAUGACAACUGGGAGGAUGAAUGUGAGAAGGACACAAUGGAGCACUGCCUGAAGAUGAAUUAUGGAUACAAGCGGGAGUGGAAGUCCGCCUUCUGCAAUGGGACUCUCCCUUUUGUUUGUGCCAAGAAGAUCUGAACUCAGCUCUGACAAGUCCGAGGCUACAUGUCACUGGAUCCAACAUCUGGAGUCAUGUUUUCUGUUCAAAGUCAAUUCCUCCCAUCGCUUCACUUCAUUUUACGGCCAGUAGAUAUUACACUCUUUGCCUUUACAGGUUAGCUGAGCUUGCAGAGAUCUGUGUAACCCCAUCUGCUAGUUCACCUCAAGUCUGUUCCUGUGAGCCUCUGAUUCUGGGUUGAACAAUCUAACUCAUGUGUCAUAUCUGCUGCACCAACUGCAAUUGUAAUCUAUCAGUAUCAAUAUCAAGAAGAAAAUGUGCAUCACA